AGCGUCUUCUUCCGUGAUAGAUGGCCACCAUGGAGCUGAGAUAACCCCUUCCUCUUUUCUUCACCAAUCACGGCUCUGGAUCGGGUAUAGCCAUGGGGAUAUGGCGUGGUCUACGAGUGGCGUUCAUCCUGGGGUCUUUGUUUAUGAUUCUGCUGAUCAUCGUCUACUGGGACGACAUCGGGGGCUUCAACCUCUACCCCUAUCAGGAGCCCAAACACAAGUCACCUCACUCGGAUUCUUACCUUCAGGCAACUACAGGCCGUUCACACUCUACAUCCACCAGCAGGGCCCAGACCAGUUCUUCCUUCGUCGUCCCAACUACUGCUCCCAGUACACCGCUGGUCCCUGCGGAGAUGGGAGGAGCAGUCGAGGAAGAUGCAGAGGAGGAGGGGAGGGACAAACAGGAACAGAGGACAGAGGAAACAAGGGAGGAUGUGGAGAAGGAGAGGAGUCGUACCGCUGUGGAUGACGGAGAGCAGGAGGUGAGGAAGAGGAAGAUCAUGGAUACGUGUUCAGGAAAGGAUGCAGUGGAAUUCCCCGGAAGGACUCGGGCAUUUGAGCAGAUCCCCAACAGAGAACUGGAUCACCUGAUAGUGGAUGACACACACCGGAUUAUCUACUGCUACGUUCCCAAGGUAGCGUGCACCAACUGGAAGAGAGUGAUGGUGGUUCUGUCUCAGUCUCUGAUCUCGCCCUCCUCAGGAAAACCUUACGCUGACCCAGAGGCUAUACCUCCCGACCUCGUACACAACUCGUCCCUCCACCUCACUUUUGCCAAGUUUUGGCGGCAUUAUGGUUCUCUGUCCCGCCACCUGAUGGCACUCAAGCUCCAGCACUACACCAAAUUUCUGUUUGUACGAGACCCUUUUGUUCGUCUCAUCUCAGCCUUCAGGAACAAGUUUGGAAGGCCCAACGAGGACUUCUACAGGCAGUUUGGUUCGGUCAUGGUGCGUCGUUACGGUAAUGUGUCUGGCAGUUUGCCAGAGACGGCAGCUGAGGCGUUUUCAGCAGGAGUCAAACCGACGUUUCAGCAGUUUAUCACAUACCUGCUGGAUCCAGAGACGGAGAGGGAGAGUAUCUUCAACGAACACUGGCGGCAGGUAUACCGCCUGUGCCAUCCAUGCCAGGUGAAGUAUGACUUUAUCGGACGACUAGAAACCCUGGAAACAGACGCAGAGCAUCUGCUGAAGCUUCUGGAGGUGGAUCAUCUAGUACACUUCCCCUCUGGGGCCCGAAACCGCACUGCAGCCAGCUGGGAAAACGACUGGUUUGCGCAGAUUCCCAUAACAAUGAGGAGAGAACUGUACAAGCUGUAUGAACCAGACUUUGAGCUGUUUGGCUAUCCCAAACCUGACAGCAUGCUCCACCUGUAGACCACACCGAGCCAAAGGCCCGGGCACUGCACUGUGUGUAGAGCCCACACCUCACCUACCUACGCACAGCCAGUAUAUGCCUUGUUUCGUUUGUUUUGUGCAUACCUCAAAUGACAGAAGUGCCUGCCAGUGUUAUUUAAUUUUCAUCAUUUCAUAUCUGAAGCACACCUGCUUCCAAGCUGCGUUAUCCCAGUCUGUUUUCCCAUGAAAAGGCACUUUGAAUAUAUUUUGUGAAUAGUAUUUUGGUACAGUAGGUCAUAGGGAAGGGACUGGUGCUAACUGUUGGCUGACAUUUCUGAAGGGAAAUUUGUUGAAGUGAAAUAAAUUUUUAC